CUCCCCUCCCUCAAACAGUCCAAAAUGGCCACCACCAACACCUUCUUUGCCCAGCAGACCGGCGAGAUCGGUGGCUACAACGAGACCAUGGCAGCCGCCGCUUUCGAGAGCCAGGCCCUCUUCUUGCUCAGGUGCCAGUAUGCUUCUCUUGUCAUAGAAACAUUCUUGGCCGGUGUACUCGUCAUGCAGCUGUGGACCUACUUUCAGUACCAGAAGAUGGACAAAAUCUGGACAAAGGCAAUCGUUGCUUGGAGUGCCGCUUGGACCAUGGUCAUCACGGUCUACUACUGGGUAUACCUGAGCUACCUGUUUGUGGACAACUUUGGCCUGUGGUUGCCUUGGCUCGAAGUCAGGUGGCUCGCCCUGAUGCCUUUGUUUGAUGUCCUCGCCGUUAUCCCCGUCCAAGGGUUCUUUGCCUACCGAGCAUACUUGUUGAUGAACCGAAAUAAGAUCCUCAUCGGCAUCCUUGGUUUGAUGCUCCUCGUUGCCGCGGGUGGUGGUGUCGGCGUUACAAUCGUCUUCGGUGGCCAGGAAACCUUGUUUGGAGCUACCGCCAGCGGCCCUACGUUAAUCACCUGGACCGCUGUCACCACCGGCGCCGACGUCAUCAUUGCCGGUUGUAUCCUUGCUGGUCUGAUCCGUUCCAAGACUGGAUGGGCUCACACCGACAAGCUGGUAUCUAAGCUAGUCCGAAUGACUUUCGAAGCCCAACUCCCCCCCACGUUCCUUGCCCUCGCGUACUGUAUUGAGUGGUCCCAAACCCCCUCCUCCCUCCUGGGGGCAGUGUUUCAGUGCCUUCAGAGUAAAGCAUACUUAAUCGGCCUCAUGUUUACCCUCAACUCCCGUAUCGCCUUCACCAUCGCCAGUGAUGAGAGCCGCAGUCACCAGACGCCCCAAGUGUUUGGCAUGAGUAAUGUGAACCGCAGACCCACUGACGGGAUCCACGUCGAUGUCCAGACUUAUGUCCACGACGACCAGCCGUACGGCUACGACGAGACCAUGAAAAACGGCCACGGCAAGAUGGAGUCGAUCUCGGACGAAGAGACUGAGCGAGGCGUCGUGCUGGAGAACAACAGCCGGUCGCAUCUGACUGCUCCCAGCGCCGUCUAA